UAUUUAAAAACAUCGCACGAAACGUCAAAGUUCUCCUUUCAUGUUUUGCUCGAUCGUUCUGCAGUUUCCAUAUUGUUUACAUCACUCAUAAUUUAUAAAAAUUUCCCGUUUAUUAACGCAUAUCGGCAUGUUGCAGGCAUUUAAUUUACACCGUUUAAGAACGGUGACGUCCACCUGGUUCACCGCUGCAAAGUUUUGUUCGACAGAAACUACCGCAGUUGAAACCGGCGCAAGCCAUGUGGCAUCAAAACCCGUGCCCGAUAAGCUGUACAGUCGGGUUGAACUGGAGAUGAAAGGUAUCGACCCGGAAGUGAUGAAAAGUUAUGCAUAUUUUGCCCAAACUGCUGCCGGACAUUUGGAUAUUGAAGUUGGGAAACAGUGGGCUCUGCGGAAAGCAGUCAAGGAUCGUUUGACGCUGCUGAAGUCGGUUCACAUCUACAAGAAGCACCGGGUGCAAUAUGAGAUUCGAAACUAUUAUCGGUUUAUGCAUUUCCACAAGCUGACUGGAUCUACAUUGGAUACCUUUUUGGAGUAUAUAGAACGAAAUCUACCCGAAGGUGUAGCUCUUAAGGUUACCAAAGUGGAACUACAAGAAAUGCCAGAACACUUGAGAUCGGAGAAGUUAUGAACGAUUGGUUGUCAAUUUAAGCAAUUCAAAUUCAGAUAUCCGCUAAGAAGUAGUACGUAAACCUAAAAUAAAUCGUAUGGUAGAAAACAAAAA